GUAGCCUUGGUGACUCUUUGCCUGUGAGCACAAGGCUGGUCGUUGUACACCGUUACCAAUUAUACGAAGUUCUUCGCCAGGCAACCAAACUCGACACCUCACACUCUGGAGCCUUCUAUCACACUUGGAAAAAUGUCAGAGAAAGACAGCGAUGCAGCACCACCACCAUACUCACCCCACGCCUCGUCCCCAUCACCAUCAAUCCUCGACCAACUAAACACCACACGUACCCAACACAUCGAGUCCGUAGUCGACACUUACAUCCUUCCCCUCAUCCAUCAACGCAUCACCUACGCCAUGGCAACAACGACCCUUGCCCUCCUCCCAUCAGACACAUCCCUCGCGCCCACAAAGUCAGACGCCUCCUCCUCCUCCAGUUUCCCCCAGGACGCCCCCUCAUCCUCCUCUGACUCCAACUCCAUCCAAGUCCUCGGCUUCGCCUCCGACACCUCUCCCCCCCACCUCAUCCACCUAUCCGGCCCCAUAAACAGCACAGAAUUCUGGAAACUACCAACCGUCCUGCACGAACUUGAAACCGUCCUGACUGCGCGGUUGAAUCCGCAUUCUACUGCCCCUACAGAUCCGCCUAGCUAUCGGGAUACUACCCUUUCUCCUACUGCUACUGGUGGUCGCAGUGCAAGCGUACAAGCCCCAUCGCCGCGUUUUUCCCGCCGCAAUCUCCUAGCGAGAGUAAUGCCGUCGUUGGGCCCGGAACAGGCGUCGCCAGGGAAUAACCCAGAGGUUGGUGUGAGACAGGUUGACAGUGCUAUUUCGGGAACGAGCAUGGUUAUGGUGAAAGCGAGGCUCGAGGAGAUUUGUCUGAGGACAGUGAGCGACUUUGGGUUAUACGAUACGAUAUCGAAGCAAUGUGUUAUUAUCAAAGUAGAUGCGCAAUGUUGACUUUUUCCGUGUCGGAACGGCA